AUGUCGAGUAUGGUGGAGCAAUUGCAUACCUCCCGACAAUCUACCGACAUCAUUGCACACCACUUCUGCUUCUCUGACAACGAUGACUCUCUGAAGGCGCGCAAUGUCGUCGGGAGUCUCGCCAGACAGAUACUGGAAGAGUGGCUACAAAACGCGGAGGCGGACGAACUUCGAGCACUUCACAGAAAGACAUCUGACGUGGACAGUGCUGAGAUAACCGAUAUUAUCUCGAAUCUAUUGCUGCCGAAUGUAUCUUACUACAUCUUGUUGGAUGGUAUCGACAAAUGCCCACCAAAUGAAGCUCAGGAGGUGGUGGCAUGUUUAUUGAAACUCUGCCAGAGACAUCGGAACCUCAAAUUGUCCUGA